AUGGGUUUGAGAAUUUGCCCUCAAUGUUCUAGUACUAGCAUUGAAGUACAUGAGGGAAGAGGAGAGACAAUAUGUACAAAUUGUGGAACUGUUUUAGAGGAGAAUACUAUGGUUGAAGGUCUUCAAUUUAGUGAAUGUUCAAAUGGUUCAAUGCAAAUGGUGGGACAUUUCGUGCCUUCCUCGGGUGUUAGAGGAUUUGCCAUGGUAUAUGGGAAUAGGGAGAGUAGAGAGCACGUUCUACAGAGAGGUUAUCAUAAUUUACAGAGAAUCGCUGAUCAGUUACGACUUUCUAGUAGUCAUAUAGAAUCAGCUCAAAGAGUAUUUCUUAUGGCAGUUCAGAGAAGUUUCACAAUUGGUAGAAACAAUAUGCACGUUGCAUCAGCUUGUUUAUAUGCAAUAUGCAGGAGAGAGAAGACACCUCACAUGCUCAUUGAUUUCAGUGAUGUACUUCAAACUCCAGUAAAAGUUUUAGGACAAGUUUUUAUGAAGCUUUUACGUUUACUUAGAUUGCAUGUUCCAAAUAUUGAUCCUUCAAUGUUUAUGGAGAGAUUUGCAGCUCAAAUGAAAUUAGGGGAGAAAACUCAUGCAGUUGCAGCAACAGGAGUCAGGAUUGUCCAGGCAUUAACAAGGAAUUGGAUUACUACUGGGAGAAGACCUACUGGGUUAUGCGGAGCAGCUUUACUUAUUUCUGCCAGAUAUCACGGAAUUCCUGUUAGUUCUUCUGAAAUUGCUCAGAUAGUAAGAAUUUCUUCACCUACUUUAUUAAAAAGACUUGCAGAGUUUAAGCAUACUUCCACAGCUCAGUUAACAGCAGAUGAGUUUGAGAAUACAGAUUUACUCUCUCUUCCAAUUGUUAGGGGACCACCGUGUUUCGAGAAAAACCGUCUGAAGGAUGAAGCAAAUAAGGCCUUGGCAAUUUCUAAUGGUGAAGACAAAUUGGCCAUUGAGGGAAUAGAUUCUGAAGCAGACUUGAACUCUAAAUAUAACAAGGGGAACGAACCAUUAGGUAAUGAUGAAGAUAAAAAGAAGGGUGACCGAGAGGUUCAAGAAGAAGAACAGGAUGAUGAGGAGGAGGAGGAGGAAGAGUCUGAACCCAUCGAUAUUGAGGCUGAUGACCUUGAAGGAUCUAGAAAAAAUCUUAGUUUCCCCAAGUUUUUAGGAGGAAUAGAAUUAGACAUUAAUCAAGAUAAACUUUGUAAUGAUGAACCUACAUCACAAGAUAUCACGAAUAUUGCUUCCAAAUUAAUCAAUGCAUUUGAUAAAGCUAAGUGUGCCUCAGAAAACUCUCAAUCAGGAGCUUCAACAUCCACAGGCUCAACCUCUGCUGAAGAAGACUUGGCCAUGGAUCCUCUCCAUUUCCUUUUUAAAGACUUUGGUGAUUUCCAUGUAGAAACUGAAGAUAAACAAACAGCGAAGGAAAGUACUCAGGGCGAAGGUAACAACGAAAGAUUAAUAGAAUCAACGGGCGGAGAGAAAAUAAAUAUUGCAAAUUCAGACCUCUCCACUACAAUUAGCAGUUCGGGAUAUGAAGACCAUGACAAUAUAACAAGCUCUGACGAUUUAAGCGAAAUUAGUGACUCAGAAAUUAAUGAUCUGCUGCUCGAUGAGGAUGAAAGAGAAGCCAAAAGACUCCUUUGGGACGAAAUUACAAAAGACACACUUCCUCCAUCGUGGCUUAGAAAGAUAAAUAAAGAAUCAAUUAAUUCAAAUAAUUAUCAGCACAAUGGGAUUUUGGAAGUCUCAGAUAAUACAGAUACAGGUAUUACUGGGACCGGUCAACUCAAAAAAAGAAAAACUGAUCACCCAGAAAAGGAGAGUUCUAAAGCUCAGAAAGUGCAACCUGAAAAUGCUAUUGAAAGCGUGCUCAUGGCGCUCCAAAAAGCUGGUCCAGGAGCAACCAAGCAUGUCAACUCUGAUACUUUAGCCAAGCUGUUCACUGUCUGCUAG